GUUUGGAAAAGUUUUUUAAGGAAAAAAAAAAUUUUUUUUUUUUAUGGUUUUAAAAAUAAAAGUUUUUUUUUUUAAAUAAAAAAAAAUAUUUUGAAAGAAAACAAAAAAAUUUAACCCAAAAAAAAAAUUAAUUAAUUUAAAAGAUAUCUUUUUUAUUUUUUUAUUUUUUAUUUUUUUAUUUUUUAUUUUAUUCCAAAAAAAGAAUCACUUCUUAUUUAUUUAUUUAUUUAUCAUAUAUAUUAAAUUCUAAUUCAAAAAAAUAUUUUUUUUAAAAAAAACAAACAAAAAAAAAAAAAAAAAAAAAAAUGACAGAUAACAACGGUGUUGUUAGAGAAAUUCAAGCACCACAAAAAUCACCAACAAUGGUUUCACAAACUCAAACACAAGCACAAACUCAAAAUACAUGUCCAUAUGACCAUUUGGUAAUUUUAGUUCAUGGUAUUGGCAAGCAUGAAAAAGAAUGGACAAAGACAAUAAAGAGAAUUAAUAAAUUAUUUUGUAAAAUUUUUUAUAAUAAAGAAACUGAAAAUUUUGAUAAAAGAGUAAAGUUUAUUGGAACAGAGUGGCAUUCGACAAUGCAUAAUCAUUUGGGAACUACUAUCCAAGAUGUUACACCAACAGUGGGUAUACCGGCAGUAAGACAAAUUGUCGAUGACACAUUAUUAGAUUUUUUAAUGUGGUCAACACCAACAUUUGCAGAACCAAUUUAUAAAGAGGUUACAGAUCAAUUAAAUCAAGCAUAUCACGGUUUUAUUAAAGAUUAUCCAAAUUUUAAUGGUAGGGUUUCGAUCUUGGCACAUUCAUUGGGCAGUAUAAUUACAUACGACAUUCUUACAAAUCAACCAACAACUGUUUCAGAUAAUUUAAAAACUCAUUUUAAUGAUGCCGAUAGUACUAAUAGUAGUAGUGAUUCUGGAUGUGUAAACAUCCCAAGUUUCGAAGAGCCAGGUAAUAUUUCAUUAUGGAGAAAGAUAAAGAACUAUAACGAAGAGAAAAAAGAAUCAUUCCAUACAAAUAUGACAUUUACACCAUUGGAAUUCCCAGUAUAUAAUUUAUAUAUUAUUGGUUCGCCAGUUGGCGCUUUAUUAAGUUUACGUAAACAUCAACAAGUACCAAUCCCACAAUGCACCAACAUGUAUAAUAUUUAUAACACAUGCGAUCCAAUCUCUUACUUGAUUGAACCUUUGAUCGAUAAACGUUUCCUUCAGUCAGAAAUAGAAUACCUCCCAAAAUUUACAAGAAAACUAUCAAAAUUACCAAAGAAAUUUAAAAAAUCCAAAAAAAUUGAAAAAAUGAUUACAAAUACACCAAAUACCAAUAAUAGUGCAACACCAUCACCAUGUUUAAUAUCUGCUCAACAACAACAGCAACAAAUUCAACAACAAAUUCAACAAAUUUCAAUAUCAUCACCAAACUAUUCAUCUGUAACCACAGUCACUUCGACUUCAAUAAUAAGCACUGUUAGUUCAUCAGACACAAGCAGCAACAGUACAACUGAAAAAUAUUCAAGUAUUAUGGAUGAGGAAGAUGAGGAUGAUUCGUCAUCUGGUGAUGAUGAUCAAGACGACGAAGAUAGCUCUUCAAAUGAUACUAAUGUUACCCCAGUCGACGAGGAUCAUGAAUCUAAACUUACAAGAUCAAAAGAAAACAUUAAUUUAUUUGGAGGUUUCCGUUAUGACUAUGCAUUAAAACCAAAGGGUUUUCAUAUAUCAGAGUAUGGCCCAAUGUUGACCGCUCAUAGUUCCUAUUGGUUAAGCAAAGAGGUAUUACAUUUCCUUGGUGCAAAAUUACUCUUAUAAUGGAGUAUUGUAAAUAUAUAUAAAAAUCUAUAUUUUAAAACAUUUAGAUUUUAAAAAAAAUCAUAUAU